AACAUUUAUCUUUAUAAUGUUUGGCCUAUAUCAGCUUGGUAUUUCCUCUAAACAUUACUAUUGUAUAUAAAUUUUCUUAAACUACUAACAUUACUUAUGUGUUAUGUCUAUUUAAACAAUCUACAUCUCCACGGGAUAUGCUCAUACAAUCUAUUCCUCUAUUAAGAAAUUUUAGAAAAUGAAAAUUGAAGAUAGGAGAAUGAGAAAUAUAAAUAUUUCUAUUGGUAUCUCAAUGAACUUCAAUUGUAUCAAAUACCAAUGGCUCUUAUUUAUAGAGCUUAUAAAAUAUAGGAGAGAUUAUAAAAUCUAUAAAAGAGAAGCCAACUAAUCUAUAUCUCCACGAUUUAAUUAGUGCUUGAUUUUUGCCUUGAUUUCUCUAAUUGACUAUUUGCAUUAAUUUAAUUGAUUCUUGUGACUUGAUUUGUUCACUUGACACUUCUACACAAAAAGAGAGAGAAAAAAAAAAAUGAUAUAGUUCGAACCUGUCCCUUGGUCAAACAGGGUACUAACAGCUGUUGGCAAAACUUUUACUUAGUUAGUUUACUACUAGGUGCAAAGGCAAUUAAGUUUUAGAAUUAAUUUUUUAGCAAAAACGAAAAAAAAAAAAAAAAAAAAAAGAUGUUUAUAGAUUUAGCCGUUGCUGUCUACGAGAUAUCGUUGGCAAUUGCCUGUGCCCAAAAAUAAAAGUUAAUAUAAAACGCUUCUUGUAUAUUUCUUUGGUCAGAAUUUCAUCCAACGUAUGCAUGCUAUUACAUAGAAAAGGUCAAUAGUUUAUUAUGGAUCCCAUUUACUUGCUUAAGUGAAUAUUGUUCAGCUGCAAAGGCCAACAUUUCUUUUAACAGCAAUAAAGUGCUGGUUUCGUUAAGAUGUUUCAGUUCUAGAAAUAACAAACUUUACCACAGAAAUAACUUUGUGUGUAUAUUUGGAUACCAUGAAUUUAGGCUAAUUUUAGAUAUUAUGAAAUGGCUCACCAAAAUAUGGAUAUUGAAGAUUUCAAAGAAAAAACUAAAUCCACUUAUCCUAACUAAUAUUCUAAACAAGCUAAGAUGUGGUUGCCUAUAAAAGACCAUGCUUGUUUGAUAAUCUAAGUAAACAGGUUUCCUAUCUUAAAGGUGCAUAGUAAUCAUGGAGUCUAACACUCGAAUUAAGAUUCUUCUUCUUCUGAGUUUAUCAAUUCCAUUAUUUUGCUCAUCAAUAGGGGUUACAUAUGAUUCAAAUGCCAUUAUUAUCAAUGGCCAAAGACGCAUUAUUUUCUCUGGAGCAAUUCACUACCCUCGUAGUACACCUGAAAUGUGGCCGGAUUUGAUUCAAAAGGCAAAAGAUGGUGGCUUGGAUGCAAUUGAGACAUAUGUUUUCUGGGAUAUUCAUGAACCAGUCCGGCGUCAAUAUGACUUCGCCGGAAAUCUAGACUUCAUCAAGUUUUUCAAACUCAUUCAAGAAGCUGGAUUGUAUGGUGUACUAAGGAUUGGUCCAUAUGUCUGUGCUGAAUGGAACUACGGAGGUUUCCCAAUGUGGUUGAAAAACAUGCCUGAUAUAGAAUUAAGAACAAACAACGAGGUUUACAAGAAUGAGAUGCAAAUUUUCACAACCAAGAUAGUGAACAUGUGCAAAGAAGCAAAGCUAUUCGCGUCACAGGGCGGACCUAUAAUUAUAGCACAGAUUGAGAAUGAGUACGGAAAUAUCAUGAGUCAUUAUGGAGAUGCAGGGAAGGCUUACAUCAACUGGUGUGCACAGAUGGCUCAAGCUCAAAAUAUUGGUAUCCCAUGGAUUAUGUGCCAGCAGAGUGACGCUCCACAGCCCAUGAUCAACACUUGCAAUGGUUAUUACUGCGACCAAUUUACUCCAAACAACCCUAAAAGCCCUAAAAUGUUCACUGAAAACUGGAUUGGUUGGUUCAAGACGUGGGGCGAGAGAGACCCCCAUAGAACUGCUGAAGAUUCAGCUUUCUCUGUUGCACGUUUCUUCCAACUUGGCGGUGUCUUCAACAAUUACUACAUGUACCAUGGUGGAACCAACUUUGGCCGCACAGCUGGAGGUCCAUACAUCACAACAUCGUAUGACUAUGAUGCACCGCUUGAUGAAUAUGGGAAUCUAAAUCAGCCAAAAUGGGGCCAUUUAAAACAACUUCAUGCAGCUAUUAAGUUGGGUGAGAAACUUCUCACAAAUGGCACAGUCACCACCAAGGAAUUUGGUAAUAAUGUUAACCUUACCAUGUACUCCAACAAUUCCACGGGCGAGAGAUUUUGCUUUUUAAGCAACGCAGAUACGAGUCGAGAUGCAACUAUUGACUUGCAAACGGAUGGUAAGUACUUUGUCCCAGCAUGGUCUGUUACCAUUCUUGAUGGCUGCAACAAGGAAGUUUUCAACACUGCCAAGGUCAAUGCCCAAACAACUUUGCUUGUCAAAAAACAAGAUGAGCAUAGAUCCGCUCAACUCACUUGGACAUGGGCACCAGAACCCAUGAGAGACACUUUGCAAGGAAAAGGAAGGUUCAGAGCCAGACAACUUCUUGAACAGAAACAAACAACUCUUGAUGUCAGUGACUAUCUCUGGUACAUGACAACCGUUGAUGUUGAUGAAUCAUCUUCGAAGAAUGUUGUUUUGCAUGUGAAUACAUCCGGUCAUGUCCUUCAUGCUUUCGUUAACAAAAAGUUCAUAGGCUAUCAAUGGGGCACCGCAGAAGAACCCGAAUUCACAUUUGAGAAACCUAUUUCUCUCAAACCAGGUACUAAUGUCAUAACUCUACUCAGUGCCACAGUGGGGUUGCAAAACUAUGGAGAGUUUUUCGAUUCGCAACCUACUGGCAUUGUGGGAGGACCAGUCCAACUGAUUGGUGACAACAAUGUUACUACAGAUUUGUCAUCAAAUGUUUGGUCAUAUAAGGUUGGAUUAAACGGGGAGGCCAAAAGACUCUUUGAUCCAUUGAAUAAUAGCAGUGGAUGGAGGACUACAAAACAACUUCCUGCUGGAAGACGCAUGACAUGGUACAAAGCAAACUUUAAGGCUCCUUCUGGUACUGAUCCAGUGGUUGUGGACUUGCAAGGCAUGGGAAAAGGACAAGCUUGGGUGAAUGGACAUAGCAUUGGUCGUUUUUGGCCUUCUUUCCAGGCUAAUGUGGAUGGAUGCAGUGAAACAUGCGACUACCGUGGAGCAUACGAGGCAGACAAAUGUGUGACCAAUUGUGGGUAUCCAAGUCAAAGGUGGUAUCAUGUUCCAAGGUCAUUCUUGAAGAGUGACACAAACACAUUGGUUCUGUUUGAAGAACUAGGGGGAAAUCCUCAUAACGUGUCUUUCAAAACUACCACUUUAGACACUGUGUGUGGCAAUGCAUAUGAGAAUAGCAUAUUGGAAUUGUCAUGCAACCAAGGGCAAACCAUAUCAGAUAUUCAAUUUGCCAGUUUCGGAGAUCCAUCGGGAAAAUGCGGUUCUUUCACCAAAGGAAACUGCGAUGCCAGACUUAGUGUAUCACAAGUGGAAAAGGCAUGUGUUGGGAAAGAUGCAUGUUCCAUCGAUGUUUCAACACGAACAUUCGGAUCAGCAGAUGGUUGUGGCAACAUUACGAAAAGGCUAGCAGUGCAAGUUUCUUGUGAAAAUUGAUAGACUAAUUGUACGAAGGCCAAAGAUAGCAGAAGUUGUACACGCAAGUGCAGCAAAAGAACGUAAUUGUGUUACUAUAUAUUAUGACAAUUUCAUAUUUGUAAACUCAUAAGCAUAGAGCUUGCCUUCCAUUUAAGUUUCAUUAUAUGCGAGCCUAUGUUUUCAAAUCCAGGUAUUGAUUAAUAAUUGAAUCACCAUUGAAACAUCUUUGCGUAAACUUUGUGCCCAGAGUGAUCAGUAUAAAGCUCUGCCUUCAUGCAUAAAGCUCGACUAUUUUGCAAUCAGUAUUCUGUAGAUAAGCUUUGUUACACUUCAUUUUCUAUAACAGUUAGCCAAUUUACCCCUAUUGAUACCUUGCAAUUGAAAAAAUAGUAUUUACAACUUUAUAAACAGAUUUACAAAUGAAAUUAUUUACAAGUAUUGAUGAUUUCAUAUUAUUCUUAUCCAUCACCCUUCUCAAAUCCAUGCAUCUAUGCAGGGGCGGAAACAGAUGCUUACCUAGUAUAUAUACAUUUUUUCCUUCACAUAUGUAAAGUUUAAUACAAGAUGAUAUAUAAUAUUUA